CGUAAGCAAGCCGGUAAAACGCACGUGUCCGUUGCAGAAACGUGAUAACGUUUAUUAACCUGAGACGCAAAUGUGGUGCCUGUUCAGAGAAACUCAACACCUCAACCUUGGAAUCUGAAAACGUCGGUUGUAAAGCUCGACUGAUCCAAUCGCCGAAGAAAUUAUCCGAUCGACAUGGAAGCGGUCGAGGAGAGCGAGCCCAACGUUCUUCGCGAGAUCGCGAGUGAGGAGGAGCUAGCGCAAAUCCCGAGAGAAUUAACGAGGAAAAUCAAUGCCCAUUUUAAUGCAAAGUUCGAGGAGUUUAUAACCGCGGCGGUUAUAACUAAGGCGGUUUUCAAGACCAGCCGAAAAUGGUUGGAGCAAAAUUUAGAGACGGCGCAGAAAGAACUUGCAGAACAGAAGUUGGAUCUUGACGAGUGUAGAGGAAAGUUGAAGCUAGCGGAAAAGAGCAAUACAGAAGUAUGUAGCAAUCUUGAGGAAGUGAAAAUUGAAGUGCACAGAUUACAGGAAUCUGUCAAACGGUUGGAGAAGGAAAAUUGUGAAUUACGUAGGCAGAGAGACACAGUUACGGAUGAGGCUAAUGCAUUACAACUGCAAGUUGAAAGGCGAGAUACCGAAAUUGAAAGAAUGUGUACCGACGUGUCCUCUUUAAGCUCUCAGCUUCAAACUGCCAUUGCGACCAAGUGCCAAACUCUUAGACAGAAAUACUCGCGUCGUAAACACAAUUGUGUAAACAGUAUGAAACUCUCUUCGGAUGAAUCCAAGGAGCUAUCACGUUGCAGUUUAUCGACGCUUCCUAAUGAAAUACUACUAAAAAUAUUAAAAAAUUUAGAUCUGAAGACGUUAUGCCGCAUGAGUAACGUAGAUAAACGCUUCAAAAAUUUAACACAGGACCCUGAACUCUAUACACGUUUGAACAUGCGAUAUAAAUCUAAGAAAUAUAUGUGCGAUAUAUUUUGUUAUUUUACACCUAGAUGUAAAUAUUUGCAACAAUUAGAUCUUACAGGAAGCUACUUUGAUGAUAAUGAUUUCGUAAACUUUCUUAGUAAUUGCGGCAGCUGUUUAACGCAUUUAUGCUUAAGGGAUUGCCACAUACGACAGUUAAAUUCCGUCCUACUGUCCUUUGGAAUUUCCUGGACAUGCAAAAAUUUGAAAGAAUUGGAUUUAAGUGAAUUACAUUGCGACAAAUUUUCCUAUCUCGAGAAGCUAAAUAAUUUGGAAUGCAUCAAUAUUGCGGAGCUGGAAAUUUCUACAAAACAUGUUUGUAAAACACUUAAAAAUAAUCCACAGAUACGAGAGGUAGAGUUGGGAGAAUUGAAUGAUCCAAUUUUAAUAGAAUUAGGAAAUUCGUGUCGUGACUUGGAAGUAAUAAAUACACCGUUGUUUAUCUGCUCAGAGGAGCAAGGAGUAAGUUCAUCAAAUCCCAUUACAUCUCAGGGCAUUAAUGCUCUCGCUAACUGUAAGAAUUUACGAAAAGUAAUCCUUUAUUUUGUAGACGAAUGCUCAAUUACUGAUGACACAUUUAGAUUACUUUCUUCUUGUCAACACUUGCAAGAAAUUAAUAUUGAUUUCGACUCCUAUCCUGAUGUUUUCACUGAUCACCGGUUGGAAUUACUAGCGCAGUGCAAAAACUUAAAAGAGUUAAAUCUUGAAGGCGCGAAACUUGAUAUACCUGAUAAAUAUUCAAUUAUUUUGAGACAAUGUCCUAAACUGCAAUACUUUUCUCUCAUCAUCAGGUCCGAUAAUAUAAGUGAUCAAUUAGUUAAUCAGUGGAAGGAAAGAUAUCCGCAUGUGUCCGUCUAUUUGCCCGCAUGUCGUCAUUUUCUAAAACUAUACAUACAUAAUUCAGAAAGCACAACUGAUAAUUCAGAAAGCGAAUAACGUUAAACUUUGCAUAUUCUUUUAAUCUUAUUUUAAGAAUAUAUUUUUAUUUUU